AUGGCCGACCUGCACCAAGAUAGUCGUCAUCCCCUUCCGCCUCCUCCUCCCUCGCACGAACAUUACUCUCACCAAGACACCUCCUACGACUACACCCACCAGCAGCAGCAGCAGGGCCAGCAGCAGCAGCCUCAUCAGCAGCCACCUCGACAGCCCCAGCAGUACCAGCAGCAGCAGCUACAGCAGCUUCAGCAGCAAAUUCGACAGCCGCCCGCUGCCCAAAUAGCCCACCAACAGAAGCCCUCGAAAUCUAGGACAUUCAGCUUCGGGUCCGGCAAAUCGCGACGGAGCUCGACGAGCCACCCAAAGCACGACGACACGCAUGAGACAUCGGCAGAGAAAGAAUCCCAUCGUUUACACAGCAAAGCCGACCCCACCAUGGCCAUCAGCGAAGCCGAGCCAGCGGCCGUACAGGCAAUGACCAAAUCCUCUCUGGCACCUCUUCGUGCCAUCCAGCACAGAGACUCCUUUGGCAACGCAAUCGCCGACCCCGACCGUUCGAACCCCACGCGCAGCCGCUGGGAGCGGCCUCUGGAUACUAUCCGUAGCUUUGAGGCGGCAAUUGACGGAGGCUACUCGCGCAAGUCCAUCAUACGAUCAGACACCGAAUCAACCCCGCAAAACGGUCGGCGGAGCAGUUAUUAUGCUGGCAACAACGGUGCUCGAUACCCCCAGGACAGCUACUAUGGUGGACGUCCCAACUCUGUGCGGCCUGAGAGUACGCACAUGGACUACAACAGCCCCAACCGCUCCGGCUAUUUCGAUGGUGGCUCGUACGGCCAGGGUGGAUACGGGCCCGGGCCCAGCCGUCAGAGGGCACCGAGAAUGAACUCUGAACCCAUGAACGGCUAUGGCCGUGGCGGGCAACAAGUCUACCCGAUCCCCCACAAGGACCGCUCAUACGAAACCGUCACAACAGCAGCAGGCAGUGGUCACUCCGAACAGGCCGGUUACCAGACGGACCCGACAAGCAGUGACAACAGCUCCAUUGAUCGGGUGUCGCCUGCGAAGCGUGCGGAGCCGACUAACGACUAUGGCAUCGGCUUCAACCAACAAGGCGCAUAUCAGCCUGCCGCCUUUAAUAAUUACGCUUCGGGCGCGAACGGUGCUGGCCCCAGCGGCGCCAACUACCGCCCCGCCCCCAUGACGAACCUGAACUCGGCUGCGCCGCCCGCCCCGCCCCAAAAGCUGGGAGGCGGCAUGUUGCGCAAGCAGACCACUCAGCAAAGCACACAAUCACGACCAGACGUUGGCGAAAAGAGAAAGAGUUGGUUCUCGCGCCGCUUCAGUAAGGCCAAUUAA